UUAGGUAUAAGAAGGGUUUUCAGAGCAGAAAAAAAUGGCAGAAAUACAGUGAGAACAGUGAAGAGAAGAAGAAGAAAUAGCAGAGAAAAAUGUCAGGCGUCACUCAACAGGAAGAAGAGAAGAAGCCCGCCGCCGAUCAGGGAGGUCACAUUAACCUCAAAGUCAAGAGCCAGGAUGGAAAUGAGGUGUUUUUCAGGAUCAAGAGGAGCACACAGCUGAAGAAGCUCAUGAAUGCUUACUGUGAUAGGCAAUCUGUGGACUUCAACUCUAUUGCCUUCUUGUUUGAUGGUCGCCGCCUCAGGGCCGAGCAGACUCCUGAUGAGCUCGAGAUGGAGGAUGGAGAUGAAAUUGAUGCUAUGCUGCAUCAGACUGGUGGAUCUUUGUCUUAGAUUUUAUAUUGGAGGGUUUGGGGUAUCGUAAAUUAGAGUAUAUUCGGUAUAUGUUGACCGAAUUUUUUAGAAUGUGUAUUUAUUUUAGUCUGUACUUUGGUGGUCCGAUAACAGUUGUUUAUGGAUGGUCGCAGAAUUUGGAUCUU